AUGGCCCAGUCACAGGAGCACAGCCGGGCCAGCCUACCCCUCAGGGGCCCGAUGAGGGCCCCGGACCGGAGACACAGCACCGAGGGGGGCUGCGCUGCUCCGGGCGGCUCGGCGUCCAGGGACGGCUCCUGCUUCCACCCCUACCGCCGACAGCUCAGCGAGGGCUCGGGGCCCGCCCCGGGGGGCCCUCAGCUCCGCUCGCUGUACUACGGCUGCUUCCAGGAGCCCCGGAGCCCCGGUGCUUCCUCGGCCACGCGGCUCCGCCCCGCCGCCGGCGAAAGCCCGUUCUUCUGGGAGCCGUACAACGGCCUGCGGGAGGACCGAUUCAUGGGCCCUCAAAGCACGUAUGCAGCACUACCAGCUACACCAGUGGAGCCUCCCUACUACCUGACUCCCAGCCAGGGUUCGUACCAGGCGCCGGGCCCUCAGUUUUCAUCAAGAGUUCAUUCUACGAAUGGCAACAACUCUGAAACGUCUGUUGAAUGUCACUCCACUUCAUCACACCAGGACGCCCCGAGCCAAUCUGUCUUUCCCAAGCCCAUCUACUCAUACAGCAUCCUGAUCUUCAUGGCUCUGAAGAACAGCAAAACAGGGAGCCUUCCUGUCAGUGAGAUCUACAACUUCAUGACUGAACACUUUCCCUAUUUUAAGACAGCUCCGGACGGUUGGAAGAAUUCGGUGCGUCACAACCUCUCUCUGAACAAGUGCUUUGAGAAGGUGGAGAACAAGAAUGGGAACUCCUCCCGCAAGGGCUGCCUCUGGGCCCUCAACCCGGCCAAGGUGGACAAGAUGCACGAGGAGCUCCAAAAGUGGCGUCGCAAAGACCCCGUCACCGUCCGCAAGAGCAUGGCCAGGCCAGAAGACCUGGACCGUCUCCUGAGGGAGAAGCCGGAGAAGAUCUCACAGCGCCAGCCCUCCCUAGCCAAACGCUCCCCGCUCUACGACCGGACGAGCAUGCCCCUCCACCCCGCCAAUCUCCGGGAACCCUGCGCCGCGACGGCCCACUAUCCCCCCCUCCUGGCCCCUCCCCAGCAAUGUGUCUAUCUUACCCACCCCACCCCCCCACACCCCGCGGCCCCCCGCUUAACCCUUUACCCCCCCUGCCGACAGCAGCCCUUCUCCGGCCCCGCGGGGGCCUGCGGGGGCCCGAGCUCCGGGAAGAUCCUGCCCCUCUACCACGCCUCGGCACACACGGACUACGCCAUCGUCCCUGGGAGUGUGCAGGAUGCGCUCUUCGAGGUGGACGGCAGCUACGACGUGGACACGCUCAACCCCAGUCUGACGGACCUGCAGCUCCAAGGACACUUGUGGGAGGAAUUGAGAGACGACAGCCUGGUACCCGAUGCACUGGCAAACACCACCACCACCUUUUCAAUUCCCAUUGACCACAUCCAAAAUCACAGUCUACAGGCCUCUGUCAAUCAAACCUCACAGGACAUUGCCAUUGGUCUAGGGAAAGAAAGGGUGGUAUUGGACGGCCCCUUGGACAGUGGGGAAGUCGCUGAACAGCACCACAUCCUAUAUCCCAUGACGUAUUCAGGGGUGGAGAGCUUGGCGGGUUAUUUGACUUCAUGCCCAACUCCUAUUACCUUAAUAUAGAAAAUAGGAGAUGUGAUAGGGAGGACUUAGAUGCACCCGCAUUACUGAAAAAAUAGAUUAAACAUGGACGAUGCUGCUGGCACUCCAUUCAGCACUUUUUCGAAAACCAACUCCUCUUAGCAUUAUCUCAACAAUGUAAAUCCAAUGUCAAUUCUGUCAUUUCUGUUUCUUUGUUUUCAUUGUAAGAAAGCCAAUUUAAUCUUUGCAAUGCUAUGUGGGUUAAGUCAAGUCAAAUAUAUUUGUGUACCUGUUGAUCAAAUCAGUUUGAUGAACAACAAAUCUUCAAAUGUUUUAUACUUUUGGGGGGCAUUUCUUAUCCAACCCACUUUACUGUAACACCUCAAUAACCUCUUAAGAAUUUUACUAAAUGUUUUUGCAGUACAACAUACAAUUUGAGUCCAUUCUUCCAUGAAUUUAUUUAGUCCAUU